AUCUAGGAUCUGGAUGACAUGGUGUCUUUCUAAUUCUGCCUCUAGCUCUAUGAAGUUGAAUAAUUAAAAUGGCGGCGCUAUGAAACUCACGGCGGAAAAUGCGAAAUGAGUUUCCGAUAGUCGAAUUUCUGCGGUUAGUUGCAGAGGUUUCGGCGUGGUUGGCGCGCGAACUUCCGCGGACGACGAAAUUGAGGGGUAUCAGAAUAUCGCGAUGAAGCGACAGAAGCAAUUGUUGGUCAACACGACGAGGACGUAUCAGCGUGACCGAUCCAGAUGCAGAUUCGGCAGGGAUAUCGACGCCGUACGGGUCCAGUGGCCGAAACAAAGAGAUGCGCCAGAUCCUUUCGCUGACAGCUCGAGUAAUUCGGAUCAAAACCUUUUUCCGGAAAGUUUGUUAUCAUCCGCAUCUUUCAUCGGGUCACCUGAUAGUUUUGACAAGUUACAUGACCCUUCCUCCUUCAUCAACAUUCGCUAUGCACCAAAGAUGCGGAAAAGAGCUCGAAUGCCUAACUACUUCUCACCUACGACGGAAUCAGAAGAAGAUAAUACAUAUGUCACGCGGGAUCUUGAAAUGUUCCCGGAAACAACGAAGCGACGGAAGAAACCCCGCAUCAGAAAGAUUGCUGGGAAUGCUCCCAAGAUCGUUCAUGAAAAAACUGACUCUGGCUUUCCGUCUGACGGUGUUGAGAACUGUUACGGAAUAACCAGUCGCCGACUACCACGUAAGGCCAAGGCUUCGGAAAAUUCUGUGCCCCGAACACCGUUGCAGUCAAGAAACUACGUUCCAUCGCCGAAUUUGACACCACAUGAUCUCUCUGGAUUGCAUCAUUCGACCAAAAUUUUACAAAGUACGCCGUAUCACGGCCAAGCGAGCACCUUCCAAUCCCUGAUAUUCUCCUCAAUUAAGGAUGCUUCAGGAAUUGUUUCACACGAGAGCUAUGGUUCACCAUUUUUGAUGCCCAAACAAGUCGCUAAAACUGGUAAAAGUACGUUGGAGUCUUCGUGUAUAUUGCGGAAUGACAUGGAGCACUUCGAGAAAAUGGACGAGAAAACGGAACCAAUGUGUGAUGAUGCUUACGAAGUCUUGGAGAAUGCGCCGUGUGGCGAAAUCGAAGGAAGCCCUGCCGUGUCCCUUGCGGCGGUCGCCGACCAAUAUUUUCCGAACCUGUCAUUCCCGUUGGACCUCCGCCCGCAAGUUUUUAUGCAGAAUACCAUCGGGUGUGAACUCGAAGGUCGAAUUCGUUUUCAGCGGAUGAAAUGUACUGUUGAGCUGAGUCAACUGGAUAUUGAAAAAUCCUUGCGAACAGUUUCUUUCGAAAAGCGUGUGUCAACGCUGAGAGAAACUUCGGAAACUAGUACAAACUUUGAGGAGCUCCAGUCAGACUUGAAUAGACCUUCGGCUGCGUUGCAGAACGGUGUUAGCGACUUGAAACCAUUAAAGAUUGUUUUGCGCGACUGUUUUCAUUCUUCUCUCGAGUCAAAAGAAAGUAGCAGUUCGUCGUUCGAUUUACGACGUUCCUUGCGACAGAUCGUUUCUCGGAGAGGUUGCUCUGAAAACACUUCUGUUGCUACGCCGAGUAUGGCCAAGUCUUUGCAGGCUGACGACGAAAUUUUGCGAGAUGUAAAAAAUGUCAGGAGGCGACGAUCUUCCCAUAUAACCUUUUUACGUCUGACUGACGAGAAAGGUGAAUGGCCGGAUCAUGCACAAAAUGUUUCUCCCGCGAAAGAUCAAGUAAUCGACGACGUUCCCCCGGAAACGUCAAACUUCAAGAUUCCUUCUCUUCCUGCUCCGAAACCACUUGCAGUGAAGAAGCUUCCCCCUGCGAAGUGGAGGUGUCGUUCGUCGAUGCGGUUUGAAAGUCCGAAACCCAAAGAAUCAGUUGCGGAAGUUCCAUCGAGGAAAGAUAAGUCCGAAGAAUCGCGAAACCAGCCCUGGGUUUCAUUAGCGCAAUGUCUUGCGUACUCGGCUCUUGAUCCGGAAUCAAAGGAGUCAGAAGAUCUACUAAUCCAUGCAACCCACGAAAAAAGCGUCAAGACCUUUUCCGCUUACGUUCAAUCUCUGUUUAAACGCGCAGCAGAAAGUCGGAAAGUGGGAGAAGGAACUUACGGAGAAGUAUACAGUGUUCAGCUAAAAAAUUCGGAAGAUUGUAUUGUCGUGAAGAUUUCUCCGACUGAUGGGGAUGUGAUGAUCAAUGAAUGUUUACCGAAGAGGAUCUUGGAAAUGACGAUGGAAGUUUUAACCACUGGAGUGAUGAGUGAUUUACGUCAUGGUUUACAUAAUCGCUGUGCCAAUUUCGUGUCUCUCCAGAAUGUCGUUUACUUACAAGGAAAAUAUCCGAAACGGCUUCUUGACCUUUGGGACCGGUUUCGAGAGGAAAAAGAGACAUUGAAUGAACGGCCUUGCAAUUUUCCUUUGAAACAACGUUACGUAGCCGUGGAACUGGAGCAUGGUGGAACAGAUUUGGAAUCUUAUACGUUGAAGCAUGCUUCUCAAGGUGUGGCGGUACUGCUUCAAGUUGCCGUUGCUUUAGCAGUUGGGGAAAGUGCGGUUCGUUUUGAACACCGAGAUUUGCACUGGGGGAACGUUCUUUUGAAGUUCACUGAAAAAGCUGAAGCCGAAUUCGUCCUGGAUGGGAAAAGAGUGAGUGUGCCGACGGAAGGCGUUCAGGUGACUAUCAUUGAUUACAGCUUGUCACGUAUGCAAGUUCCCGAUGGGGUUGUGCUCUUCAACAAGCUGGAUGAGGAUCCUCUGCUUUUUGAGCAUUACGAUCCUUGUGAGCCGCAAUUUCAGGUUUACAGGGAUAUGCGGGAUAUCACGGGGGAUCGCUGGGAGGAAUUUCACCCCCGUACAAAUGUGCUCUGGUUGAUGUACUUGGUCGAAAAACUUCUGUAUCGGUGCAAGUACGCGAAAACCCGGGAACUGAAGCACAAAACGGGGAGACCGCUUUUGCGAAACUUCAAGAAAGCUUUGGUUGACGCGCAGUCUGCAACCGAUUUCGUUAUUCAAAAUGUUCUUGUAUUAAAAAUCGCGGUUGCUUCCGCAAGUGGAAGCGUGGAAUUCACAUUGGAAACCAAAUCUAACGUGGAAGCUCUUUUGGAAGAAACCGGAAAUGAAGUCGAGGACGCGAUAUUUUCGGAAGACCAGGAUUCGAAAAACUUCGGCCCUCCGUUCGAAGCGGAAGAACUGGUGGCAGUGGGGGAAAAGCUGACUGCCAAUGAUGGGGUUGUGAAAAUUGUGAUUAAACCGGGAUUAGGUUCUGGUGUUGGAGAUGGGGACACUGUCUUUCUGAAGUACACCAUGUUUCUUGAUGGUGCUGAUACUGCUGUCGACACCACGUUUUCCUCGAAGCCUAGGAUUAUCUGCAUAGAAGAAGGCCAUCUUAUUGAGGGUCUUCGCAUCGCCGUACGAGGAAUGAAAAGAAAAGAAGUUUCGUUGAUAGUUAUACGUUCAGAUUAUGCUUAUGGCGAAGACGGAUGUCCACCAUUGAUUCCAAGAGACACCGCUGUGAUAAUUCAUGCAAAGCUUGUGCGGAUUCGACGAAAGGCUGCAGCAAGCGAAACCGGUGCCCUGUCCCUCAACAAGGACGAUGAGGAAUUCUCGGUUACCAACGAAGCAGCAUUCGAGCAGGAGAUUGCUAAACUUGUCAAAUGUGGGAAUGAACUGAAAGCAAAGAUCUCUUCAGGUGACUUUGAUGAAGCGGUUGUGUUUUUCAAACGAGCUCAUCGUCUUUUGGGAAGAAUGAAGACUUCGUGUGAUGCGGAGAGAUCAAAGUGGGAAGAAACGAGUGGGAAAAUCUUCUUCAUGGGCGCCGUUGCUGCUGGGAAAGCGGGAUUGCCGGCUUUGGUUUGCAGCAUAUGCACUGCAGCUGUUCAACUGGUGACCCUACCUGACAAGCUCCGCGGGAGGAUCUUCUGGAGGUGGGGCGAAGCAGUCGGAGAUCUGGCUAAUGACGAAGAAUCGUUUCAAAUGGCACUCGAGAAACUGAGGGUUGCGUCGGAACUGCUUGAUGAUGACGCGAAAAUAAAAAUACGGAGUCGAGCGGAAAAAAUCCGAUCUGCUAGAUCAACAUUUCUAGAUACGUCAAAAUGUCGAGGGAUGUCUACCAAUCGUCGAUCAAUUAUACCCCCAUUGACGUUGACGGUCGAGUCGCCCCUCGUUGGCUUUCAUUCCCGGCGCCAGGGAUCAAUAAAUGAAGAGCUGACCCGACUUGACACUGCUCUCUAUGUGAUGCAGUUGUGGUAUUUCAAGCGACCUUUGGCAAACCAAAUCAGGAUUUGUUUGACCCCCGAGCAUCAUAUCCUACUGCGAUACUGUAUUGAAGUGGAAGACCUUGGGGAAAUUUACGGCUCGAGGCCCACAGCACACCAAAUUUCGCUCAUCCGGCCUUGCUCUGUUCGGACCAUCCAACGUCGAAGAAUUUACGCGCGCAUUCCUCCACAGUUCCCUUUAUAA